AUGACGUUGCUGCUGGGCUCGGUGCGGCUGUUGUUGGCCUUCUCUCUGGUGUUUACGCCGGCGUUUGUCGGAGCUUGUUUAAGUCAGGAGUUUAUCUGCUCCCAGGGGUUUUGUGUGCCUGAGGACUGUGUGUGUGACUUCACUGACAAUUGUGGAGAUGGCAGCGACGAGGAAGACUGCUCCAGUUAUAGCAGGUGUGACUUCGAGGAGGGAUUCUGUGACCUGAUGCAGAGCACAGAGACGCUCUCUGGAUGGACCAGAACAACUGAGGUCCCGGGUCUCAAGCAAGACCACACCAACAACAACAACAACAACAACAACACAUCAGCACACUUCCUGUCCUUUUUACCUGUCAGUGGAAACAGAACCACUGCAGACCUGAAAAGUCCCGUCUUCCUGCCCAACCAGACAUGCCAGAUGAGUUUCUAUCAUUACGUCGGGGCAAAACAUGGAGAUCUUCAGGUCUUGGUUCAGACUCACACACUGGGUCAGAGCGCAGAGGUGUGGAAACACUCCACACAACCUCAGGAGGAAAUGUGGCAGCGGACAGUUAUUACGUUUUCCAGCAAUCACAGUUUUCAGGUGGUGAUUCGAGGGCAACUUUCAGCUGGCAGCAAAGCCUCAGAGGUCCUGGCCAUCGAUGACCUAUCCUUCAGUCCCGGCUGUGUGACUGCGCCCGAGAGCAGUGUACCUCCUCCUCCUGUUUGCCCUCCCUCGUUGUUUGCCUGUGGCAGCGGGGAGUGUAUCGAGGAGAGCAAAGUGUGUGACUUCACCCCACAUUGUCCCCAUGGAGAGGACGAAGCCAGCUGCCCAUCUGAAUGUGACUUUGAGGGUGGUUCUUGUGGCUGGUACGAGCUCACCCUUGGCGAUGGCUUUGACUGGGUCAGGGGCUUUCCUAUGGAGGUACCGCCCAACUACCACCCACCACCUCUGGACCACUCCACAAACAGCACCGAGGGCCAUUUCAUGUUUAUAUUGAAGAACAGUAGCAGUCUUUUUCCAAAGGCUGUUCUCCGGGGACCCUGGUUCAAACAAUCAGCCUCCGGGUGUACCAUGACCUUCUGGCAUUAUAACUCCGGUUUGUCUGUGGGGGCUGCGGAUAUGUACCUUAGAAUCGAUGGAGAAAAAAACAACACUGUCAUAUGGAGGACUUUCUACGACCAGGGAACCCGCUGGAACCAGGUCACCGUCCAGCUGGGACGCAUCACCCAGCCCUUUCAGAUCGCUCUGGCUAAGAUCAGCCUUGGUGUGUUUGAUGGGGUCUCUGCCUUGGAUGAUGUCACCUUCAAGAACUGUUCAAUGCCCCCUGCAGUGGCGGAGUGCCCCACGCACACACAUUUCCACUGCGUGCGUACCAAGGCAUGUGUGCAGCAGUUGCAGCUUUGUGACCUUGUGGAUGACUGUGGGGAUGGAUCAGAUGAGGAGGGAUGUUCUCCACAGCUGCAGUGUAGCUUUGAACACGGCCUGUGCAGCUGGAAACAAGAACAGAGUGGAGGAGAUGUGUUUGACUGGACCCGCAUCCAAGGCCCCACUCCGACCCUAAACACGGGGCCCUGGAAGGAUCACACACUGGGCACCAGCUACGGCCACUACCUCUACAUCGAGUCCUCCGUCCCCCAGGAGUUCAAAGACACGGCUGUGUUGGUGAGCAGAGUCUUCCAACCCACCCACCAGCGCGGCAAGGACCCAUCCAGGUCCAGAAACCUCUGUGUUUUCCGCUUCCAUUACCACAUGUUCGGCUCGCAUGUGUUCUGCCUGGGAGUGUACAUCAGGACCACCGCUACAGGCCGUGGGCACAUGCGGUGGGUCCGAUAUGGACCACAAGGAAACCUGUGGCACAGGAAGACUCUCUACCUCACCAGCGCUCGGCCUUUCCAGAUUUUGAUAGAAGGUACAGUUGGAGAUGAUUUUAACGGAGAUAUUGCCAUUGAUGACCUUUCCUUCCUGAACUGCGAGCUAUAUGAAGGACAGCUCCCCACAGCGAACACCACAAACCCUGCAGUGACCACUCCGGCCCCCACAGUGCAGCCCCACAGCUGCCCCGAUGGACAGUUUGUGUGUGGCGCACAUGGGGAGUGUGUUGCCGACAGCAAAGUGUGUGACUUCAGAAGGGAUUGUUCUGACGGCUCAGAUGAAUUGAACUGUGUGAAGGAACGGUGUGAUUUCGAAGGCGGUGACACUUGUGGUUGGAAGAGCGUGGACUCAUCUUUGGUCCCAAUCCACGCAUUUCGCUGGUCACCUGUUCAAGGGAAGAGCAUUCAUGAUGGAGAGCAGAACCACGGCCCCAUUAAUGACCACACCCUAGGCGGUCCGGAGGGCUGGUACAUGUGUGCAGACAGUUCAAAUGGCGGCUACGGUCAAACCUCUGACCUCCAGACUCCUGUCAUGUCCUCCACCGGGCCGCAGUGCACGCUGGUCUUCUGGUACCACAUGAGCGGCUUCACAGUAGGAUCGCUGCAAGUGCUGUUGAAGUACGGAAACGUCACACAUGAGGUCUGGUCUCAGACUGGUAACCAAGGCAACAAGUGGAAGCGAGGAGAAGUGUUUUUAGGGUUAUCGAACAACUUCCAGGUGGUGUUCAGGGCGAAGCGAGGGAUCAGCUACAUGGGCGAUGUGGUGAUAGAUGAUGUCAGUUUCCAGCACUGCUCCCCUCCUCUUGCUUCAGACCAGCCGUGUACACCUGAGCAGUACGCCUGCGCUAAUGGCCACUGCAUCCCUCAGGACAACCUGUGUGACUUCAUCAACCACUGCGGGGACAACUCUGACGAAGACCCCUUCAUCUGCAAGGGUUUUAGCGGGCGCUGCAGUUUUGAGUUUGACCUCUGUUCAUGGCGCCAGAGCCGACUGGAUGAUUUUGAUUGGCUGAUAAAAGCGGGCAGCACCCCCACAGUUGGCACCGGGCCAUCAAGUGACCACACCCUGAGAGACCCCACGGGGAACUACCUGUAUCUGGAGAGCUCCUUCCCCCAGGCAGCCGGAGACACCGCCCACAUGUCAGGACCCUUACUGAGCCGCAGGAGCUCACAGUGCAAGAUGCGUUUCUAUUAUCACAUGUCUGGAGACGGCAUCGGGACCCUCAGCGUGUUCAUGAAAAGUGAAGGGCAUCUUCAUCUCUUUCUGAACCUGACAGGAGAUCAGGGCAACUACUGGCAGUUGAGGGAGAUCCCGCUGAGCCACAACGCGGACUUCCAGGUCAUGUUUGAGGGCAAGGUGGGAAGAAGUCCAAAGGGGGACAUCUGCCUGGAUGACAUCACUUUCUCUUCAGGGUGUCUGCUCGCCUCCUCAGCUAGAGUAGAGGACAACACUCCUCCGCCUCCUGCAGGCUCCUGUCCUUCAGGCUUCCUGCCUUGUGAAAAUGGCCGGUGUUUCACUCCGGGGCAGAGCUGUGACUUCACAGACGACUGUGGCGAUGGCACUGAUGAAAAGGAUUGUGGGACUUCCUGCUCCUUUGAGCAUGGGUGCUGUGGCUGGAAGAGCUCCCUGGCCGAUAAUUUUGAUUGGGUGCUGGGGACAGGAUCCGUGAAAAGCAUACGGCCUUCGUACGAUCACACAUUGAUGGCUGAAAGUGGUCAUUUCGUGUACCUGGAAGCUACACCCGUUGGACUCAAAGGUGAUAAGGCUCACAUCAGGAGCUCUGUCUGGAAAGAGUCUAGCGCCAUCUGCAAGCUCUCCUUCUGGUACUACAUUUCCCACAAGGCCUCAGGAACAAUCCGACUGCUGAUCAAGACAGAGAACAACUUGUGGGAGGCGUGGAACAAAACGGGGCAUCAAGGGAACAAAUGGAACCGAGCGGAGAUCCCUCUGAGGAAUCUGAGAAACUUUGAGGUGAUAUUCGAGGGGAUCCGCUUGAUGGACGUGAGUGGAGGAGCUUCCCUGGAUGACCUGGAGUUCAUAGACUGUGCCCCAAAUGUUGUGGAGUCACUCAGUUGCCCUGCAGUCACAGACUUUGUGUGUCACAGUGGACACUGCAUUGAGUUUCACCUGGUGUGCGACAACAAGGCCGACUGUGCUGAUGAAUCCGAUGAGAUAGACUGCGAAGACAGAGUCAGCCUACCAGGCGCUUGUAAUUUCAACAUGGAUGAAAACCAGUGGGAGGACACCUGUCAGCUUUCUCAGGACACUAUUAAUGACUUUGAUUGGAGUAUCGGUCAUCGGAGUGAGACACCCGGAGCUGGACCUCCCGCUGACCACAGUCCUGGCGGCGGCGGGAACUUCUUGUACAUACAUUCAGCCACUCAGAGGGAGGGCGACGUCGCCAAGGUGAUAACCAGGAGACCGUUUUCCGCCAGUAUCGGCCUGUGUCACCUGCGCUUCUGGUUCUACAUGCACGGCUCUGACAGGAUGGGAACGCUGAAGGUUUACACGGUUGGACCCAGCGGCACCAGUCUGCUGAUGUGGGCCGCCACUGGAAACCGUGGUAACCAGUGGACGUACGCUAAUGUCGUCCUGUCCAACCCGGCACCUUUCAGAGUGACCUUCCAGGCAGAGGUGGGGGGAGACAUGUGGACGGACAUCGCCUUGGAUGACAUCUCCUACACUGCAGAGUGCAUGGCAGAAGGACCGGUAACUCCCCAGCCUCUGACUUGCGGUGCGGACGAGUACCGGUGCACGCACUCCUAUCAGUGUAUCCCGGAGAGUUGGAGGUGUGAUGGAGAGCUGGACUGUGCCGACCGAUCCGAUGAAGAGUAUUGUCCCGCCGUGGUACCCGGUACUAUUCCUCCUCAGGAUCGCUGUCCUGUUGGACAUUACCAGUGUUUGAACGAUCUCUGCCUGCCCUCCGUACUGCGCUGUGACGGCGUCCCAGACUGCCCUGAUGGAGAGGACGAGUACAGCUGCCCUCUGCUGCAGUGUGAGCUGGGAGAACUGGUGUGUGAGAGUUGGCCCGGUUGUAUCCCACUUGAGAAGCGUUGCGAUCACUCUGCAGACUGUCUGUCUUUUCGCUCUGAUGAGUCCAGCUGCCGUGAUUGCCCGUCGCUGUAUUGCCUGGAUCGCGGCUCAUGCCUUGUGGAGAAACACGGGCCUGUUUGCAUGUGUAAUCCAGGAUGGACGGGCAACCGUUGCCAUGUGAAGGAGAAACCAUCUCUCGCCACUGCGACACCCAAACCAGAGGACACACGACUGGACUCUGUUUAUGUUGGCAUCGCCAUCGGACUGCUGCUGCUGGUAGCCGGAGUCGCCGUCUGCACUCUGGCUUUAUUCAAGAAGAAACGCUAUUUAAUAAAGCCCGACCCUAUGGACUACGGAGUGAUGGAUAACCGAGGCUUUGACUGGAGAGCAGAGCUCCCGUGCCUACAUGAAAGGCCAGGCGGCUGUCCCACAGUUAACCCCAGCAGGAGUGAUGUCCGGGGGCUUUCCAUCAGUGUCUACCCCUGGAGGAGAGAGGUGGAGCAGGGUUCGACCUGGAAAGAUGCCAAGCUGUCCUUCGCCAACCCCCUGUACAAUUACUCUCCCGAUGCUAAUAGCGCCGACUACAAAAGCUCUGACGCAUAAAAACAAUGGACUUUACAUAUUGACAGGGUCAAACAGUGUGUGCGCAUACUUGAUGAGUUUGUCUUAACCUGCUGAGGUGUCAAGUGGGGGGAACAAUGUAAAGAGUGGGAGAAUGUUUGCAUAUUCUGCAAGGAAGUAUUUGAAUGUCAAUGCUGAUAUACUACUGUUUGAAAAACUGAUUCAUUUAGUUAGUUUAGGACUUAAAUUGUGUCCAUUUUAAUAUCUAUACAUUUAGUUUAAACAGUUAAAGGGGUGAGUAGAGAUGUUGCAACAACUGCAAACAAGGCGUUUUAGAGGGUAAAACUUUUUUGAGAAUUAGCAUAUUUCCCAAAAUGUCCAAGAUAUUUUUAGAAGAAGAAAAAAUAUUAAGCAGUAAACCAGAUGAAAUAGACAUUUGAACAAAGUGUUGGUCAUUUUGUACAGCCAGUGUGGCAGUUUAUCAAGACAUGAGUGCUUCAGAACUUGCUGUAAUGCUUGUGAGUGCAUUAUGCAUGGUGAUUAAAAUUGUAUUUAGUGCCGGCAAAACCAGAAAAACAUCGAGUUCAUUGAACAGAAAGACUCCACUGAACACACAUAGCCUCCAAACGGAGUCCUGAUUGCAAUAGUGAUUCUUUUUAAUCCCCACAAGUGCAAAUAAAAUUGGUUUUUAUUUGCUAAUUAAAAUGCAUUACAAGUCAACUUCCUGCAGCUGCUUUGUAUGCGGUGUGAACUGACUCUCGAACUCUCUGUAGAUGACUCGUAAAAAGCAUCGUUAAACCAGUCUGCUAUGAAUUUGACAAGUGUUCAGUCAUGGCUCUUCUCAGCUGUGUUUCAUCAAAGAUGCAAUCGUUAAUGGCUUUCUCACAUUUGACAGUUAACGUGAUCAUUUGAAGAUGUUCUGUACAGUGCUCCCAUCUGAGUAUCUCCACACACACACACAGCUUGAGAACAUUUGCAAAGGUGCCCCAUAAUCUUCUCACAAGCCAAUCAGAGCGGGCUGUUUUAGGAGGCGGGGCUUAAAGAUACAGGCGAGUGUGAGUACAGGUUUAUUCAGACAGACAGUACGAGAAAAAG